AGCGUGGAAAGGGCUCCUCGCCCUUUCCUGGGUUCCUAUUGUGUUGGGAAACAGCAAAGGGAAAACAAGCACAAGUUUCUGCUCCCCACGCUUGCACCGGCUGACUGUGUGCGGGAGCCGGCAGGUAAACUCUGGGAGAUCUUAAAGCAGAGAGAAAACGGAAAGAGAGACAAAAUUAAAAAGCAGCUUUCUAGGGAAAUCUGUGGAGUCGAGGAGAGAAACCGCAACAGUUUCCUGGGAGCUCAUCCUGCUGAUUGUCAGAACUGUCACUCACUGCACGGUGCAUGAACCCGAGCACAGGAUUUAUUUCUCUGCCGUGACUUCCAACCUGUGAAUAAACACCACUUUUAGAGAGACAAUGGGACCUGAAAAGACUCUCAAUCACUGAGCAGAGGGGAGAAAUUAAAAGCACAAAGCUUCGAAAGCAAAGAACAGGCUAAAAAAAAACCCAAGACCCAAAUAAAAUCCAGUACAAUUAAAAUGGCAGGGGACUCUGGGUUUCCAGAUGUGGACGCUGGUGGAUCAGAAAAAUACGAAGAAAUGGAGAUUGUAGUCAAUGUCGGUGGGGUCAGGCAGGUGUUUUAUGGAGAUAACUUGAAUCGGUACCCAGAGACACGGCUGGCAGAGCUGAUCCACUGCUUGUCAGGGGGAUACGAUAGCAUAUUCUCCCUCUGUGAUGACUACGACCCUGGGAAGAGAGAGUUUUACUUUGACAGAGAUCCAGAUGCUUUCAAAUGCAUUAUUGACGUGUACUACUUUGGGGAAAUUCACAUGAAGAAAGGAAUAUGCCCCAUAUGUUUCAAGAAUGAAAUGGAAUUUUGGAAAGUAGAUCUGAAAUUUUUGGAUGAUUGCUGCAAAACCCAUCUAAGUGAAAAAAAGGAGGAACUGGAAGAAAUAGCCCGAAGGGUGCAGCUGAUUCUGGAUGACUUGGGAGUGGAUGCCUCGGAAAGCCGUUGGAAAAGGUGCCAAAAGUAUAUUUGGAAAUUUCUGGAGAAGCCAGAAUCGUCCUACCCAGCUCGAGUGAUUGCCGUCCUGUCCUUUUUGUUUAUUUUGACCUCUUCCAUCGUGAUGUGUGUGGGGACCAUCCCAGACCUGCAGGUUGUAGAUGAGGAGGGGAAACGUGUAGAGCACCCGACCCUGGACAACAUAGAGACAGCCUGCAUAGGCUGGUUCACCAUGGAGUACGUGCUGAGGUUAAUCUCCUCUCCCAACAAACUCCACUUCGCCGUGUCUUUCAUGAACGUUGUUGAUGUGCUGGCAAUCCUUCCUUUCUAUGUCAGCCUGACCCUGACCCACCUGGGAGCCAAGCUGAUGGAGCUGAGCAAUGUGCAGCAGGCUGUGCAGGCGCUGCGCAUCAUGCGGGUGGCGCGGAUCUUCAAGCUGGCGCGGCACUCCUCGGGGCUCCAGACCCUCACCUACGCCCUGAAGCGCAGCUUCAAGGAGCUUGGGCUGCUCCUCAUGUACUUGGCUGUUGGGAUCUUUGUCUUUUCUGCCCUGGGUUACACCAUGGAGCAAAGCCACCCCGAAACUUUAUUUAAAAGCAUCCCUCAGUCGUUUUGGUGGGCAAUCAUUACCAUGACCACAGUCGGUUAUGGAGACAUAUACCCUAAAACAACCCUUGGAAAACUGAACGCUGCCAUCAGCUUCCUUUGCGGGGUGAUAGCGAUUGCCCUCCCCAUCCAUCCCAUCAUUAACAACUUUGUCAGGUAUUACAACAAACAGAGAGUUUUAGAAACAGCUGCCAAGCAUGAACUGGAGCUGAUGGAACUGAACUCAGCCGAGGGGAAAGCUGCAAGCUCCAAAAGUGAGACAGAGGAUCUUGUGAGGGAAGGCAGAGAGGGUCCUUUUUAUAGCAGCCGGCUAAAAGUCUCCCACAGUGACACCUUUAUUCAUCUUCUGUCAGGAGAGAAACACUACAGGACCAGGCUUCAAAGCUGCAAAUAAACUGUGAGCUGUUGUCAGUGCUAAGCUCUGGAUCGGGACAACCUGACAAUCAACUGUGGAAAAGACUUCUGGGAUCUGUCAGAGUCAGGAGGGAGCACUGCUUUGCUUUUCCAGCCUGCAUAUAGAUUAACCCCAUGGUAUCUCCAUCAGCAGUUGGUAAGACGUUGCUGUUUUUCCCAAAAUAAGAUAGUUGGACUCCAUUGAGAUCAGACUGCUUAGAAUGAGUGUGUUCCAGCAAAAAACAUUUGUAACCAUUUUAGAGACUGCAAAGUCCUUCCUGAACUGCAGAUGUUCAAUGACCUGAAUGCGCAGCACUGCCACAUCAGAACCCUGUACCUGUGACAAUAAAGAGCAGCAUUGCACAGAUCGUG